CAGUCUGAAAACUUAUUUCAGCUGAAGUAGUCGCCCACUUCAGGAGCAAAAAUAACUCAACAUGGCAUGCAAACACACUUCGACGAAGACCAUAUUGACGAUUGUCGCUGUGAUUAUUUUGCUUUUCGGCGUAGCAGUGUUCGCCGUGGGCCUAUUCUGGUAUGUGAAGGUGAAGGUGAUAUGGGACAUAUUCGGACAUACCAGCAAAUGGAUGGCCGUCGCACUGAUGCUCGCUGGGCUGCUGGCGGGUGGCGUUGCCGCCCUGGGGAUCUAUGGCGCUAUCAAACAGAAAGUGUUUAUUCUGAUCAUUUUUAAAGCCCUACUGAUUGCCCUGCUGGGAGCCAAGGUAGCGUGCGUGCUCCUAGUGUUCAUCAAGAAGGAAUGGUUUAUCAAACACGACUCGAACAAUGGACCCGAAAAGUUCCAGAUGAUCUUCACAGCCUUUAUGGCCGGUAUGGCUGCUGCGGAGAUAACAGCUACUGUGUUUGCUUACAAUCUUAUACGUCACAUCAAAACAUGCCCCCAAGAAAAUGAAAACUAAGAAGAAUGAGAAUUCUUUACCCUUCUACCGCUUAGUUCGGAUGGUUUUUAAGAAGUUCAUUAUUA